AUGCACCUGCCGUCUGGUGUGCUGUCAGCGCCGUCUAGCCCCAAGGGCCGGGCCAUCACCAGCUUCAAUUCCUGGGCCUUUUGCAACCUCAAAUCCAGUUCCGGAUCCAAUCCGAUGGGGCUUUUUUAUAUUAAACGCAGCACAUGUGCUCGUGAGAUCUGGGUUGGGACUUUGUUUCUCAACCCGGACCCCCCAUUCCAUCCAAGUGCCAUUGUCGUGUUGCCCAAGAGAGCCUCUGUCGACCCCAUAAUCGUGUCCCCUUGA